GGCGUUGGUUUCUUUUAAAUCAUGCGAUUAAAUGAUUAUUGUUCAUUGUCAGCUACUAAAUAUUCAUUUUAAAUCAGUUGCUGACAAGGAAAACAGAUUGCAGUGUUGAAUUUUUUAUGGCCCCAAUCAAACGGACAGCGCAUAAAAAUGUUCACAUCAGGAAUGAAGACCUGUCAGGAAAGAAGACCGUCAAGGGGCCAAAGAUGUCGCAAUUACCCCAACAUGCUACAGAUACUACGCAAUCAGCUGUAAUCCAGUUGAAUACACUAGAUAACGCACAGCAAAUCAAGCGGUUCUCCAAUCCAAUGACGGCAUGUGUGUCACAGCGAAUAUCGGCAGCCGAAAUAGAGAAACCAAUACCAGUAGAGCAACCUGUGUUGAAUACUUACUCCAAGUCCUGCCAAACAACAAAGGUGGGCAUUAAGACCAAUGGUCCAGUGCGGUCGAUGAGUUCCAUGAAGGACGUCAUGCAAAGGCGUCGACGAAUGUUGGAUGAAAGUGAUCGUGCCCGGUUAAAGAAACUGAAAGAUGUCAUCAAUGCCGAUCCUCCACCAAGCUGGCACGAUGCUACAAUAAUGUGGUUGGACGUGGAUUUGCUGGAGAAGCGUAUAGAAGCAUAUGAAAAGGAGCAGGCCAAGGAAGAAUUGCAUAGGGCAGAGGAAAUAGAAAAUAAAACGGAAUAUGAUGAAACUGAAUAGGGAACUGAAAUGAAUCAUCAGGAAAGAUAAAAUUGAACAUUUUAUUAUAAUUUAUUAUAAUAUUUAUUCCCAAAGAUUUUAACUGAUCUGCAAAUAUCAAUCAC